UUUAAACAGUCGGCAGGCAGGCAGGACAAGCAGGGCAGGUCAAGUCGGCACGUUGUAGUACUUGGCAGCAGGAAGGAUAGCACGAGAGAGGAGCGCGGAAGCAGCCACAGACCACAGGCCACGGUACCUUUCCUUACCUUCUCGCGCUACGGAUACUUACGACUUGCUACUUGGCUACGUACUCGGACACAGAAUGCUUCCCCUUCCUGACUCUGGAAAGUGGCUCGGCGGGUCGAGUGGCGAAUGCAAUGGAAGACUGGGUCGCUGUCCAUUGGAUUCCUCCACCUGCCGCCCUGCUCGUCUGUCCUCUGUCACUCUGUUCUGCUUUGCUCUGUUCUGCGCUUCGCUCUCUCUUUCUCAUCAGCCCAUCCAAGGUAUUCGCUACCUAUCUUCUUGACGUCUCCAUCUGUACUGAGGUUGUCUCAUACUUACCUAGUCGAUCUGUCGAUACCUGUAUCAUUAUUUCAUGUCAUCAUUGAGCUACGAUUGUCUAGACCAAAUAAGGUGCCUGAUAGGUGGACAGUUCUCUUCCUCUGUUUCUAUCUCACCAUCUCUUACACAUUAUUCACACAUACACACACACACACACUCUCUCUCUCUCUUUCUCUCUCUAUUCCUCGCUCUCCGCAGUUUCCGCCUUCAUCGUGAUUCGAUAACUCU